UAGUGAGUCGCCGGAGGUCGCACAGCCCGGGAGUCCCGUUAGGACCUCGGACCGCCUGCGCCUUCAGGAAGUGAGGAGACUUUUUCCAGCUCUUCCAGGUCGGGCCAGGAUUGGAACCAGGGCCGAGUGGAGCCUGGAUGUCUCCCUGGCGCGUACACACCUCGCUCCCCUACCAGGCACCGCGCCGCCGCUGAUGGGAACAAGUUUUCAGUGCUUGUCGGACACUCAGCCUCAUCAUAUGCAAAGUGGGACAGAAAUGGGUCCUCCUAGCGAUCUUGGAAAUAAGUUCUUAGCACAGUGCCUACCCCAAAUACGUUUUCCCUACGUGGGUCUCCCCAAAUUUAUCUCCCAUACCCUGACAGAAUGAGAAGUUUAGAUUUCAAUCUUUAGAUAGGUCAUGACCACCCAACAUUUUCCUUAUUGACUGUGAUCUGUAUAUACAUUCCACUCGGCAAUGACGGGGACUACUGGCUUCGUGCGGGGCGGGAAAGCUUAUUGGAGCAAGAGAAUGGAGGCUGAAAGCACAAGCUCAAUAAAUUUCUCAAUUGACCGAUUACUUUUAUUUGUUUCAACAGUGUUUCAGUUCCCUGUAAAAAGAAACACAAGCUAGAGCAGGAGGAUGAAGAUUGUCCAGUAAGAAAGAAAAGGCUAACUGAAGCAGGGCUCUGUGCUGGUCCUAAUGACUGGAUUCUUUGUGCACAUCAGGAUAUAGAGGGUCAUGGAGUAAAUCCAUGCACUAGUGGCCUUUCUGCACCUGCCAUGUUAGAUGUUAUUUGUGAAGAAAUGGAUCAGACAACUGGAGAACUGCAGUGUGAAGUUGCCAGAAGGAGGCUUCAGGAAAUUGAGGACAGGAUAAUUGACGAAGAUGAAGAAGUUGAAGCUGACAGAAAUAUUAACCAUCUCCCCAGUCUUGUCCUUUCUGAUACCAUGAAAACAGGUUUGAAGAGGGAAUUUGAUGAAGUCUUUACAAAGAAAAUGAUUGAGUCCAUGAGCCGUCCUUCCAUGGAGCUUGUGCUCUGGAAACCUCUUCCUGAACUCCUUUCUGAUAAGCCAAAGCCAUCAUCUAAUGCUAAGAACUACCCAGGAGAGAGCCAAACUAAGCAUGCCGCUGCUGGCACUACCUUCCCUAGGAGAACUGAACUGUUCUUGGAACCUCGACAAACAGGGAUGCCUAUUUACAAUAGUUUGGAGAUAGCUGCUUGUACAGAAGAAGAGAUGGAACUCUAGAAACAUGUUUCUAUACUAAAGUUGUCAAGUUUUAGAAGGCUCAUGUGUUCAGUCAUGAGCCUACAUAUAUAGUAUAGGGACUUGAAAGUUUUAUGAAAUGGGUGUAAUAUCUCUGCCUGUGAUUUGGGGUGGGAUUCUCAUUUUGGGUAGCCAUUUCUUGAAUUCAACUUUUUGCCAAGGAAGCUUGUCUCAAGGGAAAAUCUGUUUGUUUUUUUUAGAGGGAUUAAUGUGAGAUUACAGUCUGCAAAGGCAAGUAUAGAAGCUUUAUGUGUAAGGGUGACUUAGGUCAUCUGUCACAUUGUCUAAACCAUUUAUAUACUUGGAGCAUACUCAGACACUUGAAAAAGAUGCAUUAAGAAAGAAGGAUACUCCUAGUACAACUGUACCCAGACAGUUGAGUCACAACUUUGUAGAUAAUGAGCUCUGUUUACAGUAGUGACUUUAUAAUUGGGGAGAAGGUGGGGAAAAAGCAGUAGCUAAAGCCUAUUGCUAAGAAAUUUACUAGAGACUCUGAAACUUGUAUAUUAGUUGUCAAUUCAAUGUAGCUAUAUUGAUUAAAUAGCCAGUAGCAUUGUGGCCCACCUCCUUGCCUCUGAAAAUGUAGUGAAAAUACAAAGAAAAGCUUUUUCCUUUGAGGCUUUUUUGCCUUGUGCUACUAUUGCUCCUUGGUUUCCCUUGCAUAAUUAAUAAGCCCAGCUAUUCAGUAAUGUUUACAACUUAACUUUGUUAAGUUUUAAAGAUUUUGAGGUAACCUAUGUGCAAAUUGUCUGUGGGAGAAGCAUCCCUUAGGUAAUCUCGAGGAAGUGCUGUGUCAGCUAAGCCCAGCAUUGAUACUUGUAGUUAAAAAAUGAUUGUACCUGUAUUAGCAAAUUGAAUUUUUAAUGUUAAUUUAGAAAACAGUGAGGAAUUAACUGAGAAUAUAUGGGCAGACGACACUGAAAUUUACUGAAAUAGCCAGUUUGCCUGGUGCUUCAACUAUUGUGCAGUAGCCUAAAAAUUAGUAGAGAAUAGCUUCCUGCUAGCAGGAGAUCUUCAUCUUGAGGACCUAAACUGCCUCAAGGUAUCCUUUGGGAAUAACCAGGAUUGAAGUUUUUUAUUUCUCAGGAAGAACUCUUCUAUGUGGCAAGGACUCAGUAGUGCAAAGUAAAAUGACAAUUCCUUUAGGGCUACAGAAUAUUCACUAUAACUUAUUAAAUGGGUGUAAUAGUGUAAUACUGGCCCUUUCAUCACGCAACAGGAGACCACCUCAGUUCUUUUUGUUUUUUCUGGGUUUCUUCCCCCUUUGUAGGAGAAGUAGAUACCUUGUGUAGGGGAAAAAAAUGGUUUAUGCCAAGUAGAGGUAACUUUUUAGAAACCAGCUCCCAGGCAUUUUUGAAACUCAUGCUGAAAUCCCUCCCUGUUAGCAGGUGACGUAGAAGUCACAGGUCUGUUAAUUGGACUGUUUGUUUUCUUGCCUUUUGUUCCUGCUUUCUCUAUUUCUGUCUGGAUAGUCAGGAAAAGAUGUAAUGUUUAAUAUUUAAACAAAAUAUUUAAUGUCUACACAGUAAAAUUAAUCGAACUUCAAACCAGUAUUGAAACCAGUUGGAAACCAGCUAAUAGUUUCUUAAUCUCAGAUUUAGAGAUGAAUGUAAACUGUAUUCUGUUGAAAUCUGUAAGUGUUUGAUUCAUGCCGUUCGAAAAACUCCUGCUUUUAGAUAGUUUUUAAUGGGACCAACUUGCAAAGUUUGUAGCCUAAAAUCUCCAUGCUAAAAAAUUUGUUCCAGUACAACUCAAAAACAUGAAGUGACUGCUCAGAAUUUGGAGUUAGUUUCAAUGUUAUGGUGGAAGGGGAGGUGACAGCUUUCUCAAAAAGGACCCAAACACACUGAUUGUCUUCUAUAGGAAUUGUUGGUCAGGCCUCUGAUUGAAGCUCUGUAUGAUGAAAAGGAGGAAAGAAGAGCCCCCAAACAAGAUUGAUACCAUUGGUAAAUAUAGGAGAGAAUUAAGAUUCUGUUCAUUAAAAUCCAAAUAGAACUUGUUUCAGGAGUCAAGCUAUCUGGCAUAACAAUUAUUUCUGCAGGAAAAUGGAUGUUUAAUGCUCCUUUUUAAACUUCUUACAUAUGUUUGUACAAAAAUUGUCUUCAUCUUUGUGGUGCUUAUUCAUCUGAGCCGACUCCACAGUUCCCUUGCCUCUGCUUUGUUUUGUAAUAUAAAGCUUUUGCUUUUGCCUUAAGGUUUCCCUAGGGGAAUAAGAGGUCUUUUCAUUUUGUACAGCUUUUUCAGCAUGGAUCAAACAUUGGCUUUCUAUGCUAAUGUGUGAAGAGAAAAAAAGUAUCUAAAGCAGGUGAGCUUUAAUGAACAAAUGUAUAUUUUCUCUGAGUUUAAGUAGGGUGUGUGUAUUUUUUUUUUUUAAUUAAAAUGAAAGUCCAGUUUUCAUAAAAGUCAAUUUUUUAAAAUCUCAUUUUUGAAAAGGUGCAAAUAUAAAAUUUAGAAAAAUAACUAGAACGAUGAGAAUGUUUACCAGCAAGUUCAUUAAUUGUUUUGGAUCUGGAACUUGGUUUUGUUUUUAAUAGUGAUAAGAAUGGUGCAGUGCUAAGAAAGUUCUGGAAAAUGCUGUCAAUUUUACUUUAAAAUGAGAAUCUGGUGUUUAUGUAUUGUUUUCAAUAAAACUUCGUGUUUUGGACUUUUUGAGA